AUGACAAUCAAUACCGAUCAAUUGGAUGUUCCAGCCAUGGAAGACAACUCAAGUUUUUGGGACAGUUUGAUAUAUGCACACCCAAUCUGUGUCAACUGGAAGUCGGAAGCAGAAGGAUCAAUCUAUCAUUUGGCCAGUAUCUUGUUCGUUGUUGGCUACAUGGGUGGAAGUGGCAUUUUUGGCCUGCUCUACGUCUUCUUUUUGCUUGGACUAGGUUUUCUCUGCUCGUCUGUCUGGUCAUGGCUGGAUGUCUGUGCAGCUGACAUUUUCUCUUGGAAUUUUAUACUGUUUGUGAUAUGCUUUGUACAGUUCAUUUAUGUGGCCUACCAAGUCCGGAGUGUUGCCUUUGACAAAGAAUUCCAGGAGCUUUACCUUGCUAUGUUCCGGCCCCUGGGGAUUUCAAUGACAAUUUUUAGAAAGAUCAUCCUGUGCUGUGAUGAAGAAGUAGUUACACUGGAGAAGGAGCACUGUUAUGCCAUGCAGGGCAAAACACCAAUUGAUAAGCUCUCCUUGCUUCUGUCAGGAAGGUUUGUAUCAUUCUUACACCCUGCUUGUAAAUUUAGAAACAGAACAAUAAUCAAGAAUGUUAUCUUUUUCUUUUUCUUUUGUUCCUGCUUAAACUGAUUGCAGUAGGCUCAGCAUUUCUGACACUUUAAACUUGAGUGCAAAAACAUUUCUACUACCAAAGAUGCCACAGCUUAAGGAGGGGAAGAAGGGUGUGUUUUAAUUAUCACUUGUAGUCUACAAAUCCAUGCAAGUGCCAAAAAACAUUAACUCUGCAGCUUCUGGUGAGACUUCGCUUCCCUGGAAGAAUAGCUUUCAUAAUUUUUCUUUCUUUUUUCUAUAAAAAGCACCUAUAUAAAUAAAAAAUGUAAAGAGAAAUGACUGCUUGGAAGUGUGAAUUGAGUUUUAGAAAAUAGGAUUACCAGGCAGUGUGUGUUUCUCUUUCCCCUCUUCAUAGCAGAUUCCCUUUUUACAUUGCUCUGCCUCCCUCCUUGCCCUCAGCCAUGCUUUCUGCUAUGUAAUGUAAAGUCUAAAAAUUAACUUGGAUACUGUAUUUCUGAACACUAAAUUAAGUAACCUUGUUCACCACUGUGUAUUCUCUAAAACCAUUCUGCUUUAUGAGUGUGUGUUGUCACAAAACAGACAAGGUAAUGGAGGAGAGCAGUGCUUUCUAUGUGACCAGUUUCAUCUCUUUGAAGAUCUGGGAAUUGAGAGAUCUUUUUUUUAAAAAAAAUCCUUAAAUUGGUGUGUGAGUUGUGCCUAAUGUGCCACCAAUCUAGGGGAAGCUCCAUCUGUCACAUUGUCGAUAGAAGAUAUGGCACAUUUUCUGGUCCCUGUGUGUCAGCAGAGAUCUGCUGCCUGUACGUGGUAGCCCUUCUGAAACUGGCAAAUGCCAAUCAAGGCCACCAUUUUGUUUCCAGCAGUGGUCAGCCAAGUACUUUUGGAAAUUCAUAAGCAGUGCUUGAAGGCAAGUCCUCUCCUGUUUGCUCAUAGGCAUUCUGACUCUGAAUACUGGUUUCAUUUACAUGUUGGCCAAUAGCAAUGGAUUGACCUACCUUCCAUAAUGUUGAAUAAUCCUUUUUAAAAAGGUUUUCUAAGCAAGCAUGGUGCCACCACAUCUUGAUGGUAACAACAUCCAUCAGUUAACACCCAAUGCAUGAAAUAUAUGUCUCAAAAUCGGACCCCCUCCUUCCUGCCUCCAUAUAUAGUCGGGUAUCCAUGCUCAGAUACAUAUUUGGAUGUGCAUUCGAUUCCUGAUCCAGUAACUGAUCUGUGAACACAUCGCUUACUUGGAUCAGAGUGCAGAAACACAUAAUGGUCCACUUUUGUACAGUUUUGGAAAACUUCACCAAAGGAAGGAGGAUCUCAGUUAUAAAAAUAUCAGUGCACAGAUAUAAUUUUAGCAAAAUGAUAAAAAGGCUGGGUUAGUCCUAAAGACACAUUAUUCCUCAAUGCAGCUCCCUUAUUCCUCUGGCGCUGUAGCUUAUGAGUCAGGCUUAUCUUUUGGGAUGGAUGACUUUGAGAAGUGCAAACUCCUGUUUGUUUCUUGUACGUGGACUCUGUUUUAUACAUUUUUGUGUUCUGAAAAACUCAGUGCAAAGGAGAUUCAGGAACUCUUCAGGAAGACAUGAAUAGGAAUUAUUUUUUGUUCCUUGCAUGUGCAAAUGGUAUUAUUAAUGUAUUGUCACUUGCUGCUUAUAACAUUUGAAAGAUGAACAUUUUAUGUAUGAAAUUUAUUAUCCAACUUCCCAACAUAAUUUGGCAUAAAAAUGGAAAACUUUGAACUGUGUGAGAUAACGUUUAAUAUCUGCUCUCUUUGAUAUCCUGCAGUAUGUCUAGUAUUCACCCAAAAUGAAAAUGAAGCUCUUUUGAUUGUUAUGAAAUCUGUGGAAACUAAAUUUUAUCCAUACCCAGCCGUUGCUUUUUUAAAAGAACUAAUCUAAUUCCUUUUCUCUGUGCUAACAAUAUUAACACACUGCUCUGUUUUGUUAGGAUCAGAGUGACAGUGGAUGGGGAAUUUCUGCAUUAUAUUUUCCCCCUCCAGUUUCUGGAUUCUCCUGAAUGGGAUUCACUAAGACCCACAGAAGAAGGCAUUUUUCAGGUAGGGGGAUUUUGCAGAUAUGAUGGAUAAUCUAACAUCCUCUCUUUCGCAGAAUCCAAGAUGCAAAGACUCCAGCAACUGCUCAGCCAAAAUGAAAGCUUGCUUGAGGACAAAGGUCCUUUCUAAUGAUGUAGAGCAUUCAAACUGGAGUAAACAUUUGAGGAUGCUAUGGAUUUAGAUCUUUUUUAUUUCCUUCUUCCAUCCAGCAGCAGUGAAAUCACAGGUGCUUACAGGCAGAAACACUCAACAUGAGAAUUUGUGUAAAUACUCGUAUCUGGGAUAGCUUGCAAUGCCAGCCAGUGAGGUUUCCCUGAUAUUGAGGCUCUCUCUGCACAGGUGCUACAAAUUCAAAGAGCCAAGCAUUCUUUUACUAACAUCUGCACACACGUAAUGCAGAAAAUAGGGUUGCGAAAUAAGUGAUUGAUUAUAUUUCAUAGUGAGGCCUUUAAAAAAAAUGAUGAUGGAAGUAAAAAGAUUUCCAGAUCCAGAGAGAACAUUUUGAAAGCUUUUCUCUUGCUCCUCAUUCCACCUUAUAAGCCCAUUUCUUAAGCUGAUAUAAUUGGAAACAGAUCUAUUGAUUUGCCAUUUGUACAGAACACAUGCUCCUCCUCCUGUCUGCACAUGCACAGCAUUCUUUAAACCAAUGGUUUUCAACCAGUAUGCCGUGGCACCCUGCGGUGCCUUGGAUGAUGGUCAGGGGUGCUGCGGGCAACACUGUCCCUCUUUCUUUCCCUCCCUCCUCUGAUGCUCUCUUGCAUCUCUGCCUCCCAAGAGACUUGCACAGCUGCUUGUUGCCGCAGUCCUGGCUACAAGCUCCCCAGGUGAAUGGUGCCUCUGGGGCUGGCCAGGAUGUACUUUCCAGGCCCCUGUGGGGCAGUGGGAGGAGGCACCUCUCUUUGGGGCAAGGGGGACAGGUCAGAGACCAGCGGUGGCAGCUGCCUAGAGGACUCCCAAGGAGAGGGAGAGGAGGCUGAGGGAACACUCCACAAGGGAGGGGGUUCGUAAAAGGGUGAGAGGCGGCUAGCUCUGCAAGCAAGGGGUGACUUAACUGGAUUCCUGAGCCCCACAGGGGUGCUACAGAAAGACUUUAGUUGGUCAAGGGAGCUGUGGACUCAAAAAGGUUGAAAACCUCUGUUUUAAACUGUAAAAAUGGACCCUCCCCGGAGUAUAAAAGGUUACAGAGUAGGGUGGAGAGUGUAUGCCCUCAACUGGUCUCUCAAAAGAUGUCCCCACUUGCUGCCCCCAUAUAUAGUCGGUAUCCACGCUCAGAUACAUAUUUGGAUGUGCAUUCAGUUCCUGAUCCAAUAACUGAUCUGGGAACACAUCUCUUCGUUGCAUCAGAAUGAGGAAACACAUAAUGGUCCACUUUCCUUCACCAAAGGAAGGAGGAUCUCAGUUAUAAAGACAUCAGUGCACGGAUAUAAUUUUAACUUUCUGUGUUCUCUCUCCUUCCCCUUCCCUCUCUCUCUCUCAAUGUUUCUUUCAGGUAACCCUCACAGCAGAAACAGACUGUCGAUAUGUGGCCUGGAGGAGAAAAAAAAUGUAUUUACUCUUUGCUAAACACCGAUUCAUCUCACGGAUAUUUUCGAUUCUGAUUGGGAAUGACAUUGCCGAUAAGCUCUAUGCCCUGAAUGACAGAGUGAACCUGGGGAAAGGAUUCCGAUGUGACAUCCGCUUACCAAACUUCUAUCAUGUGUCCAUUCCAGAGGCACCCAAAAUGCAACCUGUAAACCAGAUUCAGCACAGUUCAAGACAACAUUAA